GAAAAAAAUGGCUGCCCCCUGUGGAAGGAUGGUGAGUCGUUCUGUCAUACAGUUUUUUUGUACAUUUUCCCGUCCUAAAAGCAGAAAUGUGGGAUUUCGACAGUUCGGUAUCAGUUCUGCGUGUCGGGUGACUCUAAAGACCAAAAGUGUGUCAGAAACAGCCAGCCCAUCUCCGUAUGGUUUAGCGGCAGCGGUGUAUCUCCAGCGACUACCCGUGAUCUCUGCGGACUGUUCUCCCAUCGAGCAGAGUUUCAAAGACAUGAUGCAUCAGAUUGAACUCGAGAAGAGCCUGUUGUCAGACCAUGAGCUGCGUUUGAUCGAAGAUGCUGAGAGGCUGAAGAGGAAGCAGGCUGACGAUUAUGACUCGGAUGAGGAGGACAGCCACAUGGAUCAGGACAUCGUAUUGACCCAGGACUUGGAGGACUCCUGGGAACAGAAAUUCAGGAGCUUCCAGCCUGCCCCAAGGGUUAGAGAUGAUGUGGAUAAAGACAUGAGUUCAGUGCAGCGCUGCCUGGCCGACUCUCUGGUGCUGGUAUCUGAACAGACGGUGGGGGAUCAGAAGUUGUGGCUGCUACCUCAAAUGCAGUGGCAGGAGGGCGAGACGCUCAGGCAGACCGCCGAGAGGGCUCUGGCUUCACUCCCAGUUGGUCUCAAGGCGACUUUCCUUGGUAACGCCCCAUGUGGAGUUUACACGUACAAACUGCCCAAGCCUCUGCGCACUGAGAGUUCACUUGGGACAAAGGUAUUUUUCUUCAAAGCCAUUCUGUCAGACAGUGGUCCUUCUGCACCUCCUAAUAGUGCUCUCCUCUGGCUGAAGAAAAGUGAACUGCAGGGUUAUCUCAAACCAGCAUAUCUGAUGAAGGUCGAGCGAUUCAUUCUCGACUUGUGAAAAGUUGGACAUUGAUAUUGCAAAGUUAUUUUCUUUUUCUGCUUCUGUUUUAUAUAAAUUAAUGAUAACAUCUCGAAAGCUGCCAGUCUCUAUGAAGUUAUUACUUUGCCUGGAAUAUUCCACGUGAUGGCAUUAAACUUACCUAUUUCCAUGAGGAUAAGCAGGUAACACCACUAAGUUACAGAUCAGAUGUGUGGAGGGUUACACUGUUUAUAUUUACAAUGCAUUUUUAACAAGGUAUUUGUCAAAUCAAAAUAUCACAUGUAAUUAAAUAAAUAUAAGAUGGGUGAUUUAAUGCCAUUAUGUGGGGCAUUCUAAGCAAAGCAAAGACAUCUCCAUGGAAACAAGCAGAUGGCAGAACCUCAUAUUUAAAAGGAUUCUCGCUGUACAAAUAAAUGAGAGUGUUUACCAAUUACACUGUGUGCAUCGUCAAAAAUUAAUACAAGAAUACUUAGCCCUGACCUGAAUGAUUUAGUGGAUUUGAAGAGAUUGUGAAAUGAUUAAUUUAGAUGUGUACCAGUGUUUUGUUUUGUUGUAACCUCAGCCAUAACAAGAGCAAGUGAGAACCGGAUCUCUGAGUGCACACUUGAUGCUGAACUGAGGGGGCUUGGCAAACCUGUUAGGAGUCAUCUGUUGAGCCUACCUGACUACACUGUUUCACCAGCGAACACUAGAUGGCAGUAUUGACACGCCGGGGAACAGGGACACGGUGAUAAGCUGUGUAAUUAUUGGUGUGCCGUGGCCUCAAUGGGUCACUGCAGAGAGAGCUUUUGUGAUCAGCACAGAUCCCUCUCAUUCGUACAGAAAUUAUCCAUCAGACAGAGAUAACGUUCUCCGGAUUCUUUUUAGUAGGUAAGAGCAUUGUGAUGUUCC